GCGGCACUAACAAUUGCAACCCUCUUCCGAGGUGAUACCCACGAAAUUAUACUCACUCGGCGAACUAUUAUCAGAUAUCUUGUGCUUUCUCAGGUGCUCGUAUUUCGUGAUAUAUCCAUGCGUGUGAGAAGACGAUUUCCUAAUACGGAAUCUUUGGUGAUCGCUGGAUUUUUGCAUGAACAUGAGAGGCGCGAGCUGGAGAGCAUCUCCAUAAACUAUAACAAGUACUGGGCUCCAAUCAACUGGGCGCUCACGUUGUGUUUCAAAGCACACAAAGACGGUCAUAUCAAUGCAGCACCAUCACUUAACGCCUGUGUUCUAGUUUCAACCUCAUCACCUCAGCUGUACUGUGGUCCACAUUUGGGAAAGGUGGACGAGGAAAUGGAUAAAUCGCGAACGGAUUCCGUAAAGAGUACGGUGGAAAGUGUGGACGAAAAUGAGAUUCCGGAACUGUUCAGAAAGGAGCUUAACGGUAGCACAAAAUCAAACCAAAACGGCGUUAAUGGAGAGCCUAAG